UAAUAUUAUUCACAGAAGCUUCCGCGAUACUGGUUGAAACAAAUCAUGCUUGCAUUGAUAUACGGAUCAGAAUAAAUAUAACACAGAGUGUACUGAUAUAAUACACAAAUUCUGAUCGUGUUUUUGUCCGAGUAGAUGCUAGCGUAAAGCCUCGCUAGGCUCCCUGGACAGUAAUCAUGGCUAUAGUAGCUAUACGUCGAAGACGUUCUUUUCUAUGGAGAAGAAUACUGUUUAUUUCAUUUGUGUGUUUAUUAGUGGCUGCUAUAAGGAACAUAGGAUUUUCAAGAGCCAGUAAUGCUGCAGAAACUGUGGGUGGGGAUGACAUUCUAUUCAGACGACAUCUGAUGUCUGUUGAAACGGAUAACUCUUCAGAUGACGACGUUUCAGAUGAACACUUAGAUCGACAGAAUUGUACACCACCAACAAUUCAUGAGUUUCCUCCAGACAUAUUUACAAACCAACAAAGAAAGACUGGUGCUCUGGUCGUACACAUCUGUGUUGUUGUGUACAUGUUCAUCGCUCUCGCAAUUGUGUGUGACGACUACUUUGUGUCAUCGCUUGAGAAGAUCUGUGAGAGGCUUGGAUUUAGCGAAGAUGUUGCUGGUGCUACAUUCAUGGCGGCAGGAAGCUCUGCUCCAGAGUUAUUCACAUCUGUUAUCGGAGUUUUUAUAGCAAAUGGAGAUGUAGGAGUUGGAACAAUUAUAGGAUCAGCUGUAUUCAAUAUCUUGAUUAUCAUAGGAAUUUGUGCAUUGUUUGCAGGACAGGUUGUGUCAUUGACGUGGUGGCCACUGUUUCGCGAUACAACUGUUUAUUCUGUGUCCAUAGCCACAUUGAUAUAUGUUAUUCAUGAUGGUAAAGUUCAAUGGUAUGAAUCACUUGUCAUGUUGCUGUUGUAUGCUGUUUAUAUUUUCAUAAUGUGGUUAAAUCCCAAAUUAUACAGCAAGAUUGAAAGGAGGUCAGAAAAAAGAAGAUUAAAGAAAGCAGAAAAAGCAAAAAGUGAAGCAAAGUCAGAUAUAGAAUUGGAACAAGUAACACCAUUGAAUCCAAGAACUGAGGCAGAGCCUGUAAUAAUGGUUGAUGAGUAUAUUUGUAAUUCACCUAAAAGGUUAACUUUCCCUGACGCUGGUUUUCGUGUCAUGCUUUCCAAACACUUUCCAGCAAGAACCAGGAUGAGAACAGCAUGCUGGGUAAUAAUAACAGAGAGGCACCUGAUGCAGAAAGAUCCUGACAGCAUUGUGUAUGUAGCCACACCAGCAACAAAUGGGAAAAUGCACAAGAGCCACUCUACCUAUAGUAGUCUAUCCAGAAAGUCACAAGGAUCACAAAAAAGCCUUGAUGUUGAAGAAGCCACGGGAAAUAUUGCAGGAGAGGUAGAAGAAGGACCAGAAAGCCCAUUUAAUAUUCCAGACGGCUGUUGGAACAUUGCAAAAUGGAUCCUCACUUUCCCGUUGUCCUUCGUCCUUUACAUUACCGUCCCGGACUGCAGACGUGAAAGGUUUCAUAGCUGGUACAUGUUGACAUUCUUAAUGUCUAUCGUGUGGAUUGUUGUGUUCUCCUACAUCAUGGUGUGGAUGGUAGCACUCAUUGGUUAUACACUUCGAAUUCCUGAUACCAUCAUGGGAAUAGCAUUCCUGGCUGCUGGGACCAGUGUGCCAGAUGCAAUGGCCAGCUUGCUAGUAGCAAGACAAGGUCUGGGUGACAUGGCUGUUUCAAACUGUAUUGGUAGCAAUGUUUUUGAUAUUCUUCUUGGACUAGCAUUACCUUGGUUCAUUAAGACAACAUUAGUCAACUACGGGUCUUUUAUUACAAUUAAUAGCCGUGGAUUGAUCUACUCAGUAAUAUUAUUGUUUGCAUCAGUAACAGCAACUAUUAUUACCAUUCAUUGCAACAAGUGGAAGUUGGACAGGCGUGUUGGAAUUUUACUGAUGAUCUUUUACGCCAUCUUUCUGACGUUCUCCAUACUUGUUGAAUUCAACAUGUUUGGAUAUGUGAAUCCACCAAUUUGUUGAACCGACAGCUACGUCAAAUGGCGGGUAUAAAAAUGAAGAGUAGAAAGUUGUGAAAGCUGGUAAUAAGGUGUAAUCACAGAGGAAGUGAUGUGAUCAUGUGACACACAUUGAUGGAUUUGUCUCAUCUCAUAUAGAAAAGUGAUUUUUAAAAUUCUGUUAUCAAACACUUAAUGCAGUAUACAUUAUAUUAUAAUCAAUGUUUGAGGCUUUGAAAUAUAGCAGCUAACAUUUGAAAUAGAAACAAUUUUGAACAGGGAGAAGAGAAAUUUAUUUUAAAAACCUUUUGUUUUUUCUAAGGUGUAAAAUGAUUUUGUACAGGCAGAGAUGGGUAGUGUGGUCAUAUGACACUAAUCUUCCAUUCUGAUUGAUUGGCUUCCAGUAUGACAGUGUCUUCACACUUGAUGUGGUGCUAUUGAGAAAGGAACAUGUGUAACUGUGUGUUAGCUAUGGAGUUGUCCUAAGAAAACUAGAGUGCUAACUGGAAUGCAUUCACAUAAAGCAUUACCAUAAACUGUUUAUAAAAUGUGCUUAAUGGCAUAGUUUCUAAGAAGAUUUCUAAGGUGUGCAUUUUAAGUUUCAUAUUUGAAGCUUGUGGGUGCACCAGAUUUCCUUGCCUUUUGCUUUGAAAGAUGUGCGACAGAAGUUUCUAAUAUCUGUAUACUUAAUCAUUUAUAAAGUAAGACUUUUUAUAUUAUAUAAUUAGUUGUUAUAUUUAUUGUGGUCUCUAAUGAUCAUAUUGAAAAGGUUCCCUUAACAAAACGGCAUUUAAAAAAUACAUAUAUGAAAUAAUGUUGAUAUACAAUAUUGUCUGUCACAUCGUUUGAACAUAGUGAAUAUGCAUUUGUGCAUCUCCAUCUUAACACUCUAGUAUUCUUUUGCAAACUCUGUUGUGUUACCAUACAGAAACAUUUCAGCUAACAUAUAUAUGCAAGCAUUUGUUGCAUAACUUGUCUAAUUUUAGUGUUUGGUGCUAAGUGUUGUUUUUUUUUGUACUAUUUAGAAAAAUCAAUGUUAUUUUUAUUAUAUAUCCGAAAUGAUUUCAGUUCAAGAAAAUUUUGUUCUAUGGCAACGGGCUAGAUCACCAUACAUGUUGGCACACGGGUGUAUGCAUGUGCAAUAAUGUGAUUUAAUUAGUUUUUGUUAAUUAGGUACUGAAUAUUCAUAUAAAUUAAUUUAAAUAGUGCAAUGAUUAAUCAGUCAAAAAUUCUCAUAGCUACUGUAGAUAAAAUACUCCACAACUCACCGAUUUCAGCACAAACAUCAAUAUUACAUUACAUUUUUGCAGCCCCUCAAAAAUAUAAAUAAAUGUACUUCAUUAUUGUAUAUAAUGUAUAUAAUACAAAAGGAUAGCAAUAUAUGAAAUUUGGUUGUAAAUAAUGUACAAUUAAUCUUCCAAUUAAUAGAGUAUACAAACAGGAGAUUAGUCUUUCACAUAAUGUUUACUUUCUUUGAACACUGUUUUGAAAUUCACCAAAUUAGUUUAAUGUUUAUAGAUCAUAAACAUGUAAAUAUUACAGUAUGUUGUUAUUACAGUAUAUUUGUAGAUGAUUAAAGCCUGUCCACACUGUCACGUUUUAUGCGGAGAAAAAAAAUGUGAUAUGCCCAUAUUUGGGUGUAAUAUGACAUCAUCAUACACAUAUAUGGGCACAGCACACAAAUUUGUUACAUACAAUUUGACAGUGUGUACAAAGCAUAACACACAUCAUAAAAACUUGAAUUGAAGCCAUGGGCUUUUUUUUUUGCAAAAUUUGGAUGGACUUCUUUUCGAGGCCACUUUUGCAAAUUAAAAAGGGGGACUUCUUUUCAAAAUGAAUGCUGUAAAUUUUGAGAAUUAGCCACUAUAAAUAGGGACACUGUAGCAUCAAUCAGUAUCAUGGAGUGUAUUAACCGGAAUUAAAUUACCUAAACUACUGUGUAAACCAAGCAUGUUUGGAUUCAUGUACAGUGUAUGUACUGUACUAAAUUUAGCAAACUGAAGAGGUGGGCUUCAAUUCAAGGUUUUACGGUAUACAGUACUGUAUAUGAUUAAACCACAUAGAACUUAAUGGUGUGAAUGGUGCUUUAAAUAUUAGUUUCUAGAAUAUUGUUUACUUGCCAUGAUUUAUCUUUGAUUUAUAUAAUUUUGUGAUAGAUCUUUAAAGAUUAUUUAUCAUAAUUUAUUUGUGUGUUGAUGUGAGACUGAGAGACUAAAACAAAAGAAAAUAUAUGUUGCAUGAAGAAAUAAUGUUUAGUAAAGAAAUUGCUUCAAAAAAUACAAUAAACUUUUAUAUAAACUAUUUCUGAAUACUACAGAAUUAUCCUCUCCCCACAAAAAAUAUAUACAGAUGAACUUUAUACUCUUGUAUAUUCUUGUUUAUAUAUUUGUUAGUGUAAAUCACUAACCAUAACUAUAAUAUUGUAGGCUUGCAAUUUGUCAUUUAGUUCAAAAGUAAAGCAAUGGUACCUAAGUGGAUUAUUAACUUUUCAUAACCCUUUCUUACAUUGAAAUCAAUAUUCUACAAAUUUAAGGACCAUUUUCUUACUACCGUAAAUACUAUAUAGAUUUCCAGAGUAGCAAGAACUCCAAAAUCCGUAAUUCAAAACUAUGGUCCCCAUUCCUUUUUAAAAUCAUAGAUGCAACCCUGUAGUGUGCAUUGAAUUUACUACAAAUCCAAGGAUAUAUUUUUUAUUUGUGAAAUAGUGAUUUAACAGUUUAAAGGUCAAGUUUUGCUGUGUUUAAUAUUCUAAGAGGAGGAUAGCUAUUUUUGUUGUUGUCAAGAGCGAGUAUCAUUAAUACUGUAUUCGUCCUCAUGUGUGUGUUUCAUAGUUUAGCAUUCAUACUGUAUACAAAAAAAGUGUAGAAAUAAUGACAUUAAAAAAUAAGAAAGGAUUUUUACAAAGAAACAUAAUGAGUUAUUUUCUAUUUUUCUUUUGAUUGGUUGUUUAAGAGAGUUGAAAGGCAAUAAAUUUUAGUAAAUGAAAA